CCGCGUGGCCGGAAGUCGUCCAACUUCCGUCAAAGAAGAAGAGGCGCAGCAAGUGAAGAUGAUGAAGAGUAAAGCAGAUGAAGAAGAGUACUGGAACAGCUCCAAGUUCAAAGCGUUUACCUUCGACGAUGAAGAUGACGAGUUCAGCAGGUUAAAAGAGUCAAAGCAGGCGGUGAACAACAUCCGCCGCCUGGUAGAGGAAGACGAUGAUGAAGAUGAUGUGGAGAAGGUUAGCUGGAGUGGAGAACCUGUCGGGAGUAUCUCCUGGUCGGUCAGAGAGACGGCAGCGUCCAAUCAGAAGACAGACAGAGAGCCCGCCUUCCCCAAAAUCAACACAGACACACCAACCAUCAGCAAGAGCAACUCCGGAUACUCUCUGAGCUCCCUGUUCAAAGGUGAGGCAGGAAAAUCUAGAGGAUCCUUCCAGACCUUCAAUGACUCUCUCAGCGACUCGUCUGUCAGGCUCUACGCUCCAGAACUCCGAAAACCCAAAUCUGAGUACAAGGAUUAUGUCAGUGAUUGGUCGCCUGAAGAGACGGUGCAGAGAAUGCAGCAGGGAAAGGUCGUCUCUCUGGAGAAGUUUCGUUCUCUUCAGGACAAACUUCUGCUGCUCGACAUUGCCGUCAGCGCUCACGACGGGAACGUCAUCACAGCUGUUCUAAUUUAUUUGAAGAGAACUCUGAGCAAAGAGGUUCUGUUUCGGGAGCUGGAGUCCAGGCAGAUAGCACUGAGACACUUCAUCCAUUACUUGACUGAGACCAGAGACCAGAGGUUGCUGCUGGAACUGCUCAGGGCUCUGUGCCGGACUGAGGACAUGGCGCUGCUGCAGUAUAAAGAACAUCUUAGCAUUGCUGAUGAAAACAAGAGGCGGGACUUCCUGAAGAGCUGCCUCAGUCUUCCAUUUUCUGCAGAGGAUUCAGCUCAUGUUCAGGAUCACUAUACUGUUCUGGAGAGGCAGAUCAUCAUCGAGGCAACUGACCGACAGGCUGAGCGUGGAGGGAAAGUAGAAAUCUUCCAGAAAUUUCCCAGAAGAGCUUCAAUUCUCAACAUGCCGCUGAUCACGACUCUGUACUACUGCUCCUUCUACCACUACACCGAGCCUGAGGGGACCUACAGCAGUCCUCUCAACAUUCGUCAGACCUUCAAGAUCUCAGAGAAGCAGUACUUUGUGACGGCAUUGGCGGCUAGGGCGAAGCUGAAGGCUUGGUCAGAUGUGGACGCUCUGUUCACCAGCAGGAACUGGCUCGGCUUCACCAGGAAGAAAUCACCGCUCAGCUUCCAACGAGUCGUCGACAUCCUGCAGAAGAACUCCGCACCCACACAGGUACUACAGGACUAUGUGGCGCUGGUCGAUGAUGCGGAUGUCAGGAUCUCAUUGGCUCAGAAACAUAAAUGUCAUGACAUCAUCAUCAACACAUACCGAGACCUGAAGGACCGGCAAAUGUUGCUGGGAUACCGGGGAAAGGUGGAGAGAGGAUCGGUGGAGGAGAGGAAGAUCGACGAGCUGCUCAACAACCCGCAAAUCCGCUGGAAGAACUGACGACGUGUCAACGAAAGACUUUUACUUUGAAAUACCAGGCCAUUUCCCAUGUGAAAAGAUGACCCCGGUCAUCGUCGAGUCAUUGUUGAGUCGUCAGUGCAACAUUCCUCAAGCAACUUUUGUAAAUAAAUCAGAAUAAAAAAACUGAAAAUUUAA